AUGAAUCUAAAUACCAAGGAUGCACGCAGCUAUGUGAAAAAAUAUGCACAAAACUUAAAAAAAUUAUCUGAAAACUUACAAAAUGUAAAGAAUGAUAAAGAACGUUGCAGAUAUUUAAAUUUAUGGAUAUAUUCUGAAAUAGGUAAAAUGUUUCCUAGAAAUAUCGAUAAUAUAUAUGAAUUGGGCUUCAUGCAUGAAUUUUUUUCUGAAUUUUAUGAAAUUAAACGUUCACUGAAUAAAGAAUGUAGAUUUACUUACAAUAGUAAUAUUAGUUUAGAUUUAUGGAAAAAAUUCAAGGAUAUUCACGACUACUUCAGAAAUAUUGAUUAUAUAAAAAGCAAAAUCCCUGACGAUAAAAAUAAAUGCCCUCGAUAUCCUGAAUACAUUCGUUAUAUUAAAGAAAUAUAUGUAGAAUAUACCAAGGAAUGCUGUGGUAGUGACACAAGUAAGUGUCCUCAAGAAAUAUAUUUUGAGGAAUGGUGUAAUAAGAGUCAUAUGUUAGAAGAUUUAGAAUGUACAACAAAUGAACUAGAAAAGAUACCUGAUCAAGGGCAUACUUCUGAAAGUCCACAAAAUUCUCACAAAAAUCCAAAUCAAUUGGAUAGUCCGGAUAAUAAUAAUUUAGCUUCUGGUAAUUCAAUUUCUAACAUUCUUGCACCAUCUAUUCUUUCAUGUCUCGGAAUAUUUACAACCUUCUUCGUAUUAUAUAAAAUGACGCCCAUUGGCACCAAGAUAAAUAAUGCAUUAGGAAGAAUAGGCUAUGUAAAUAACAUUUUAAAAUUAGAAGAUUCAAAAGAAUUAGUGAAUUACAAUAGAGAAUAUUAUAAUCCAGAUUUUCAAGAAGCACGAUAUAAUGUAUCAUACAAUGUUGUAUGA